AUGACUACCGCCGUGAACCGUCCCACUGAUUCCAAGCAAAAGGAGAAGAACAAGCAAUGCGAUAUUGCCUUAAACAGUGCUCUCAACUCUAAGGCUCUUUCCUCGCCACCGGCAGACCUUUCCGAAGAUGGCAAGGUCCUUGUCAAAGACUUGCGCAAUGUGAUCGACCAGGCUAAGAAGCUGCUCUUGACUAAGAACGAGGGCGAACUUCUUCAAGAUUUCAUCUGGCAAGCUCAGCAGAUCACUGCUGCCGAUGCUAAGACUCCCAAAGUUGGUGUCACUAAGGACUCUGCCAAGCAGGAUGGCGAGAAGACUGUCCAGGGUCUUAAGACUCUGGGAACGCUCUUGAUCACCAACGGAGAGUUUCGAAAGAUUCUGAGUGACGCGACUGUUUUGCUGAAGGACAUCGCUGCCGAUGCCUCUCAGAAGGCUGCCAACCAGGUCCGCCCAUCUGAGGAACAACUCGCCCAGAUUGAUUCACCAGCCGAGGAGAAUGUUUGGCACGAGAAGCCCAACGUUUCCAAGGAUGAUCUCAAGAACCGCUUCAAGAAGAACAAGGGUGACAAGGCAAGUCUGCCCUCUGGAUCCAUUGCCGAGACCGCCGAGACCGCUGAGACCGGUGAUGCGGCUUCUGUGACCCCGUCCGAGAUGAGCCGUACCAAGAAGCUUGCCAACCAGACCAAGGAAUACCUCUCCGAUAAAAUCCCCAAGGAGCGUCGCGAUCAGACCAUCUGGCGUCUCAAGAAGAUGAUCAUCGAGAUCCAAGGACACGCUGACUACCAGCAAGCUGUCGAGACCCUUCUUGACCUCGCCGAGAAAUACGCCGGUCAUGCCCAGGACACCACCACCCAGAGUGGCGGUGCUGUCUCUGAUAUCCGCGGUACUGACAGCGUCAAGGCUGUUGAAUAUAACUUGCGCACCCUUAUCGAGCGCUUCGCCAAUAACACCUCCCUCUCCGACUUCUUCGAUUCGUUGAACAACAUCUAUAAGGAUGCCGAUCAAGACCCUGAAUUGCGUGGAUGGUUUAAGAACAUUGACACCUACAUUCGCAAGUGCCUGCGUGAGCAGGGCUUCAUCAUGGAGGAAGAGGCUAAUAAGGAGUGGAAUACUCUGUACGACAAGGGCCGUUACCUGAUCCGUGAGCGCUAUCGUUCUCACAGCGACCGCAUUGUCGAUGAGAUCAAGUUCCUCGCCGAGCAGUUCGACAAGGACCCCCUCAACAAGGCUCUGGCCGAAUCAGUCCAGAAGCUCUUCCUCGACCUGGGCCGUGAUUCCGGUGGCAAGGUUACCUUCAAGAAGCACCUGCUUACAGAUCUUCGCGACAUCAUCCUGCCCGGUAUCUUCGAGAAUGUCCGCUACGUUCCCAUUCCCCGUAUCGAGGUGUCUGACCCCAUGGUCGAUGUCGUGGUCGAAAACCUGGUCAUCGAGAGUGACAACCUGAUGCCCAAUGUGGUCGAGUUUGGCAGCGAUAACUACUUCCGCUGGGGUCGUAAGAAGAUCACCAACAAGCGUGACAACAAGAUCAUGAUCUCUAUGUCUGGUAUCCAGGCUGAUUUCCGUGAUGUCAGCUACUACAUCAAGAAGAAGCAGGGCUUCCCCUCCAUCACCGACACUGGUAUCAUGGACCUCCUUCUCCACGGUGAGGGCUUCAGCGUCAAGAUCGCUGCCUCCACAGUCGACAAGAAGGACAAGCAGCACUUCAUCAAGCUGGACAAGGUUUCCGUCAACGUCAAGAACCUUGACAUCAAGUUGAAGAAGUCUAGCCACAAGGUUCUCUUCUCCACCUUCAAGCCCAUGCUCUUCCGUGUCGUCCGUCCCGCUCUUGAGAAGGUCGUCGAGGCUCAGAUCCGUGAGGCUUUCCAGAAGGGUGAUGGCUGGGCCUAUGAGAUCCAAACCGAAGCCAAGAAGGCCGCCGAAGCCGCCCGCGAGGACCCCGAGAACGCCCCAGGCAUGUUCUCCCGCUACGCCGAUGCCAUCCGCGCUCGCGGCCAGGCUAAGGCUAAGGAGGCCGAGGCCGUUGUCAAGCGCGACACCAAGGUCCAGACCGUAAUGACCAUGCAUGACUCCAUCUUCCCCGACAUCAAGCUGCCAGGCGGUGUUUCCACCAAGGCCACCGAGUAUGUUGACAUCGCCGCCAAGGGUGAGAAAUGGGAAUCACCCAUCUUCAGCAUCGGAAACGCCUCCGAGUCCGGUGAUAUCCCCUCCACUGGCCCCAUCACUCGCAAGACCCACACCACUGCCGACGGCAUCGCUGGUGGUGGUGCUGGCGGUGGUGCUGGUGGUCCCGCCGCUGCAGCCGGUACCUCCGGUGCUGUUGCUGCCGCCACACACGGCACUAACGGCACUAACGGCGCCAGCAAGGUUGCCGGGUACCCUUCUCGUGGAUUCUCCGAUGAACUCGACCAGGCUUUUGUCAAUGAGAAGGUCACCAAUGGUACCAACGGUGUGAUUAACAGCUCUGUCAACGCUUAA